AUGGGCGGGUCCCUGGGCCGGGCGGCUGCGGUUCUGCUCCGCUGGGGGCGCGGCGCGGGCGGCGGCCUGCGGGGCCUGGGCGUGCGGGCGGCGAGCUUGGGCGGCAGCGGCUCGUCGGGGCACCUGGCCGCGCUGGUCCUAAAGGGGACUCCGGAGCAGCCCCAGUGCGGCUUCAGCAACGCCGUGGUGCAGAUCCUGCGGCUGCACGGCGUCCGCGACUACGCGGCCUACAACGUGCUGGACGACCCCCAGCUCCGGCAAGGUCAGAGCCGGCUGGGGGCGGGGGCGGGGGCGGGGGCGGGGCUGGGGGGCGACCGGCCGAGGUCACUCUGUGGGGUCGAGGGUCUGUCGGGCAAGGUCCGUCCGGGGGCUCGAGGGGAGUUCAGACACAAGCUUCCACACGGGUCUGGGGUGGGGGCCUGA